GUUGUAUCACUCUCUCGUUCGUCUCACAUUCUCUCAUCACAUCCUCCACAAUAUGGCUCUCUUGCUUUGCUUCCUUUCCUUUCUCAUCAUCUCCUCAGCAAGUUCAUGUGAUCGUUGUGUGCAUCAAGGCAAAGUUGCCUACUUCUCCCAAGAAUCUGCUCUUUCAUAUGGGGCUUGUGGGUAUGGUUCCCUGGCUUUAGGCUUCAACAAUGGGCUCCUUGCAGGUUCUGAUUCCAGUCUUUACAAAAAUGGAGCUGGUUGUGGUGCAUGCUUUAAGGUAAGAUGCAAGAACCCAAGUCUGUGUACUAAACAGGGGACCCAAGUGAUAGUUACUGAUCUGAAUCUGAGCGACCAGACAGAUUUGGUUCUAAGCAGCAGGGCUUUCAUGGCUAUGGCCAACAAGGGCAUGGAGGAAGACUUAAAGAAACUUGGGGUUGUCGACGCGGAAUACAAGAGAGUACCCUGUGUAUACAAAAACCAGAAUUUGGCAGUCCGAGUGGAAGAAAUGACCCAACCAAAUUUCUUAGCAGUUAAGUUCCUGUAUCAAGGUGGACAGACAGAAAUUGUAGCAGUUGAUGUGGCUCAGGUUGGUUCACCAAAUUGGACUUCCAUGAGUCGAAACUAUGGCGCGGUGUGGGACACAAAGAAAAUACCAACCGGGGCAUUGCAAUUCAGAAAAUUUGGGUUUGUCCGGCGGACGGCCAAAGCGAGGCUGCCGCCCGCCGGUGAAGCGGAAUCUUGGAAGCCAGGGGUGAUCUAUGAUUCUGGAGUUCAGAUUAGUGAUAUUGCCCAGGAGGGUUGUUAUCCGUGUGACGAUGGAAGCUGGAAAUGAUGAUAGUUUUCAUGUUUUGACUUUUUUGUUAAUAACUUGUUAGCUAGGUAUGUGAAAACUAUCAGUAAUAGUUUUCAUUUUGGAGCGCAUAGACUAUAUAUACUUUUGUAGUUCGAAAAAAAACAAGAUUAGGCUAAGUAUGAAACUUAGGAAAGGACUAAAACAAAUAUUGUUGUUAACGAUCUAUGUAUCACACUUCUCUUUCUUCUCAUUGCAAUAUAAUUUUCCAUAUUUGUGAAAAUGAUCGAAAAUAAAAAAAAAAAA